GGAUGGGAUCGAUUUAUCUACCGUUUCUUUAGGCUACUAAUAUGUCGGAAGUACCACUCACAUUUUCCAGGGCCACAAGAGAAGAAACAAACUCGUUACCAGACUCCUGGAGGCAUGCUGUUCAUAUUCUGAUUUAUGCAAAAACUGAUGAUUCAAUCUUGUUCGGACAUAAACUUCCCGCAGAACAUACUAUACUGAUGCAAACGAGGUUCGAUGGAAGAUUGGGAUUUCCCGGGGGUUUUGUUGACUACGAUGAUAAGUCAUUAGAAGAUGCGUUGAUGAGAGAAUUGAGAGAAGAAAUGGGUGAAAUACCUCACAAUUUCCAAGUAACGCCUGAAGACUAUAUGUUUGCAACGUUGAUGGAACCAAAAAAAUAUUGUUUACAUUUCUUCUGCAAAGAAGUAACAUUUGAUGAAUUUCUUGUUAUUGAACGACGUGAUACCAACGUUAAGGAUUUCGAGGUUCUUGGGAUAAUCCGCGUCCCACUGUAUACAUGGAGAAAAUUGGGAGGCUUUCCAGCUUUUCUUCGCAACAAUUUUAUCGGAUAUAGUAAAGAACAGUUAAUAUCAUGUAUUCGCAUGAAGAAACUUUUACCGGAGGGACAGUUGGAUGAGCUGCUGGCACGUCAUAAACAAUAUGACCCACUCAGUAACUCUGUGGCAACUUAGUCUCCAUACCUGUUAGAUUUUUUUUGUAUUUUGUUUUGUUUUAGUUUGUAAAAAUUAUAUGCUUAUAACGCAAUAUUAGUCCAUAUAUGGCAAAAAGACUUAAAGUAGCUAAAAAAUUACAAAUUACAUGGCAACGAUAAAUGUUUGCGACAUAUGUAACCGAUACAUAAUUAAACGUGUUGAAUUCACUUUUUCACGGGUUUUACAUUCUCCAAGAUACACUCGAUGCAUCAUAUUAUUGAAGAUGAACGCAUUUUAUUAUUUAUUUAUAUUUUGUAUUUCUACUUGUUUUCAAAAAAAUGAGAAUAAUGAGUUACA